UCGCCGUCCCCCGACCCGCCCAAGCGGCCUCGAAGGGACGAUGGGGCUGGCCGACGCAGCCCACCGCGGGGCGGGAGGUACGAGCGCGGCGGAGACGGUGGCAGGCUCGCCGGGCAUCGCGCUCCAGAUGGGCCUAACUCUGGCUAUGGUGCUUCCAGUAAGGUUCAAAAUAUAACCCAAAGAAAAGGAUUAAUGACGUACAAACAGUUUAUCCUAGCUCUUGAAGAUGAUAUUUCACCAGCUGAAGCUGAGAGCAGGUACCAAGAAUACAAGACAGCAUACAUUACUACACAGAAACAUGCCUAUUUUGAUCUCCAUAAGGAUGAUACUAGGUUGAAAGAGAAGUACCACCCAACAAGCUUAUUAUCUGUUAUUGAAAGGAGGAAUGAGUUUUGUAAGGCUGCAGCGAAGAGUUUAAUUCUUGAUUUGCGAAGUGGAACUUUGGACCUUGGUCCUGGAAUGACUGCUGAUGGAUCAAGCAAAUCAGGGAAUGACAACUGUGGAAGCUCUGGGAAUGGUGAAGAUUAUGGUAACAAGAGAAGAAAGAAUGGAAGAGGUCCCCCAAAAGAAUCUGGACCACUUUCAACUGCUCCGAAAGCUCAUCCGGUCAGUUCAAAGUAUCGACGAAUUCAAACUGACAUAGAUCAAACUCUAGCUUUAGUGCGAAAGCUUGACUCGGAGAAGGGUAUUGUCGGAAACAUUCUGUCAAUUGGUGGUGAUCAUGGCAAGCCAGAUGAUGACAGAUCACAUGUUGGAUCCGCAGGGCCUUUAGUCAUUAUCCGAGGCUUAACUACUGUCAAGGGCCUUGAUGGUGUUGAGCUCCUUGACACUCUCCUUACCUACUUAUGGCGUGUCCAUGGUGUUGAUUACUAUGGCAUGUCUGAGAGGAGAAACGCAAAUGGUUUUCGUCAUGUGAGAGCCGACAACAAAAGUGCCGAUGCGUUUAACAUCAGUGCUGCUGAUUGGGAGAAAAAACUGGAUUCCUUCUGGCACGAAAGACUGGUGAAUGGCGAGGAUCCUCUAGUUGUAUUGACUGCCAAGGACAAAAUUGAUGCAGCAACUGUUGAAGCUCUGGCACCUUAUGUCAAGAAAAUUAUGGAUGAGAAUUAUGGCUAUAAGUAUGGGUGUGGAGCCAUGGGGUGUACAAAAGUUUUCCAUGCUCCCGAGUUUGUUCACAAGCAUCUAAAGCUCAAGCAUCCUGACUUGGUCUCUGUGUUAACUUUGAGUGUCCAAGAUGAUAUCUAUUUCCAAAAUUACAUGAAUGAUCCAAAUGCCCCAGGUGGAAAGCCAGUUAUGCAGCAAUCUGAACAAGACAGUGGCAGAAUGAGAAGAAUACCAGAUGAGCAGGGUUCAGAUGCCCCACUUAUCCCUGACGCCCCUCCAACAGUUCUAGUCCCUCUGCCUGGUGCUGGCCCAUUGGGACCAUUUGUUCCUAUACCACCAGAUAUGGCCGUUCAAAUGAUGCGAGAGCAAAGACCUCCAAGACCGAAUGGUGCUCAGCAUAAGAAGAAACCUUUGAUGCCUGAACCAAUGAUGCCCAUGUAUCCGCAUUUUCCGCUUGAUCCUCGUCCUUUGCGAAGGUACAAUGAUCUUGAUGCUCCUGAGGAGGAAGUCACUGCCAUUGACUACAGAAGCGUGUAGGGCGUCUCCAUUUACCCACUCUAAUCCGCCGAUGACCCACAUAGCGAAUGUGCUCCAGCAAAUUACUCGCUGUUGCCGUUGCAAUGGCAACGACAGACAGGGAAUGGGAUUUUGUCAAGUCCUGGCGGACGUAUGAUGCAUCGUCAUUUUCUGCAACACCCCCCACUCCUCAAAAUAGCAAGUAUUUUAAUGUGAUUUAUCGCCCGUGCUUGUUGGAAUGCUAUGAAUCAGAAGCUGUCAAAUCAGUAUGAUCCGUCCGACCUCCCAUAUUCACAGUUGGAGUAUGGAGAACUUCUAUGUUUGUUUGUAGGCAUGUGUUUGUGGUU